AUGGACUUAUUUGGUGGUGAUCUUUAUGCUAUUAUAAGGAAAGAGGGGAUCUUUAUUCAGGUGGUAGAUUUGUGUUCCUACGAUAAGGAAAGAAGGGGAUCACGAUCCGGCUUUACUUUCAAAUAUGGGCUUAUCGUAGCUGCUGACCAUCCACGAGGCAAUGUUGAUAACCUUAUUAAACUUAGUGAUCGCUUGGUUGUCAUUGUUUCUGGAGAAAUUGCAAAGGGAGGAGGAGGAAUAUUUGUCGAUGAGGCAACCACGAGGGUGGCCAGCACCCUGUCUUCUUCUAAUGUCACUAAGGACUCUGAAGGUUUGCCAAUUGGAGUACUGAUUGCUGGGUGGGACGAAGGGGUUCCUGUUCUGUAUCAUGUGAAUGGGAAGGGGGAAGUGCUUCAAGGGAAUGGUUUUGCCGUUGGGUCUAGUCAUGAUCUUGCUUUUGGCUUUAUGCAGUUAUGUGGUAGUCACGAUAUAUCCAUUGAUGAAGGUGCAGAAGUUGGUAGAAGGGCGAUUUGCAUGGGUGCAAUGGGAGCUAAAGAGUACUGCGGUUUUGCUAGUGCUUACCAUGUUGGAGUUGAUGGGAAGUGGACGAUGGUCGUUGAUAAUGAAGACACGAAAGACUUGUUGGAAAUGAAAUAG